AGCACAAAGUUGCCUUGCCCUCUUCUCAAUCAAGACUUCAAGAGCAGAGCAGAGCAGAGAGGCUAAUAAAGAGUGCGACCACAGAGAGUAGAGAAUGUCCGGAGGAAGCGAUGAGCUGAAGCUGCUGGGGAUGUGGGCGAGCCCGUUCGUCCUGCGGGUGAAGCUCGCGCUCAGCUUCAAGGGUCUGAGCUACGAGUACGUCGAGGAGGACCUCAAGAACAAGAGCGACCUCCUCCUCCGCUCCAACCCAGUGCAGAAGCAGGUGCCCGUGCUCAUCCACAACGGCAAGCCCGUCUGCGAGUCACAGGUCAUCGUGCAGUACCUCGACGAGGUCUACAGCGCCGCAGGCCCCACCUUCCUCCCUGUCGACCCCUACGAACGUGCCAUGGCGCGCUUCUGGGCCGCCUUCAUUGAUGACAAGUUCUUGGCGUCUUGGUUGAAGGCGGGCAGGGGCAAGACCGCGGAGGAGAAGGCAGAGGGGGUGAAGGAGACGUUCGCGGCCGUGGAAACCUUGGAAGGGGCGUUCAAGGAGAUCUCCAAGGGGCAGUCCUUCUUUGGUGGCGACUGCGUCGGCUACCUGGACAUCGCGCUCGGGGCCCUGGUAGCGUGGAUGCACACCGCCGAGGUGCGUCAUGGGAUCAGGCUCUUCGAUGCCUCCAGGAGUCCGCUCCUGGAGAAGUGGGUGGAGCACUUCGACAAGCUGGAUGAGGUCGUGGCGGUCAUGCCGAACAUCGACAGGCUAGUUGAGCAUGCCAAGGUGAGGGAGGCCGAGGUUGCAGCUGCUGCCGCAAACAACCUGGAAACGACGACGGUAAGAAUGGCCAGAGGAGGUGACGAGCUGAAGCUGCUGGGCAUGUGGGCGAGCCCGUUCGUGAUGCGGGCGAAGCUCGCGCUCGGCUUCAAGGGCCUGAGCUACGAGGACGUCGAGGAGGACAUCUUCGGCGGCAAGAGCGAGCUGCUCCUCAGCUCCAACCCGGUGCACAAGAAGGUGCCCGUGCUCCUCCACAACGGCAGGCCCGUCUGCGAGUCGCAGAUCAUCGUGCAGUACAUCGACGAGGCCUUCCCCGGCACCGGCCCCUCUCUCCUCCCGGCCGACCCCUACGAACGCGCCAUUGCUCGCUUCUGGGGUGCCUACGUUGACGACAAGCUCCUGGCCUCGUUUUUACAGUCGGCGAGGGGCAAGACGGAGGAGGAGAAGGCGGAGGGGCUGAAGCAGACUAUCGUUGCGGCUGAGAACAUGGAGGCGGCCUUCAGGGAGCUCUCCAAGGGCAAGCCCUUCUUCGGCGGGGACACCGUCGGGUACCUGGACGUCACGCUCGGGGCCCUGCUCGCGUGGGUGCACGCCGCCGAGAAGCUGUACGGGUUCAGGCUCUUCGACGCCGCGAGGAGCCCGCUCCUGAACGCGUGGGCGGAGCGGUUCGGCGCGCUCGACACGGCCAAGGCGGUCCUGGCGGACGUCGACAGGCUGGUCGAGUACGCCAAGCAAAGGCAGGCCGCCCAGGCUGCAGCUGCAGCCUCAUCAGACACCUGAAAAUUUGCUUCACCGACAUUUGUGUCGGAGGAAGACAUGAAGAUCUGCAAAAUACAGGCUUAUCCGAUGUUAUUAUUAUUGUCGUGUGUGUUACUAGCAGAUCAGAAAUAAAGAGAAUGGGCUUCGUUUUCUAUGUUUAGUUUAAA